AUGCGAACCGUUCUCCUCUUGACUUCUCUCACCAACGUCUGUUCCUCGUACAAAUACAUACAACUGGAAUGUCAUGUUAAUGAUGGAUCAGAAGUCGUAGCCCAACGUGUUCUCGAUGAGCUGAGCGAUGCUGUGAUGACUAGAAAUAGAACUGCUAUUGCGGAUUGUCUCAGCGAUACAUUCGUCUUCUCUGGUAAAGUGAGAGGUUUGAAGAAAGACUUUGUUGCUACUAUGUACAGUGGUUUCCGUGACCUAAGGUUCUUCAAAGUUUGGAUGAAGAGCUUUGAGUUUGUGAAUGGAGAAGAUGUCAAAAUCGACUUACACAUUUCUGAACCUUUGAACCAUGACAUGGGAAUUCUCCCGCGGAAUCCAUACACAAUCUAUUUGUACUUGAAGUCUGUCGGAGGUGUCUACAAGGCAAACUUGGUCGAGUAUCAUACCGAAUAUGAUUGGCCUGGAAUCUGA